UUGGUAAGUGGAGUUGGGGAUACUGAGAAGUGGAAUCUUCAAUAAUGUUAAUCAAUAGCAGUGGAGAUGCUGAAUUGUCGGGAAAACGCUCAUUGGGUAAUAGUAUUGCUGCUGUUCCUCUUAAGUUUAAGUGCCGUAAGGUAUCUAUACGUCGGGAUUUUCCAAAUGGUUGUGGACAAUUGGUACAAAGAACUGGGCCUGGAGAAACUGCUGUUGCCAAUGGUAGUGUUGAGAUUGUUAGGAACAGUGUGACCACUGAAGGACCUGCCCUUACCAAGUUGGCACCAAUAUCAACUCCUGAACCAUUAAAAAUUUUAGUGAAGGCCGAGUUAUCCAACUCAGUAGAAACUUCAAAACCUAAGAGCGCAAAACUGCCUGAAGAUUUGGAUAGGGUGAUUUCUAUCAAGCCUAUGGAAGUUGUAGAGCCGUUAGUGAAGGCUUUCAAACCCCAAACCAUGAAGCCAUUUGAGACUUCACAUCAGGUGGAAUCACUAGAAACAAUGAAAAGCGGAGAGCAGAUACCAUUGUUGUUGCCUAAUGCAGAAUUGCUUGGCAUGUCAAGUUGUCCCCUAACCGUGAAUAGUCUGAGAUUGAAGUUACUUAGAGAUUCUGUUCUCCCAGAUAUUUUGGAACAGCCAAAGACUCCAAAUCAUUCUCAACUUUCAUUUGCUGUUAUUAAGAGAUCACCUAAAAAAUGUUCUCCUGCAAGAAGAAUCUGUGCCACCCGAGAUUUUCCUUCAGGAUCCAUGAUGAACAUUCAACAUGUUAGUGAGGAAGUACAUCUGAAAUCCGCGGAUAUUCCCAAAAAUGUGAGUAUAAAUAAUGAAAAUCCCCUUGGGGAAUCCAAGGAGACAGUCAGGGAUAAAAAAUCACAAGAGCUAGCUGUUGUGAAUGAAGAAUAUCUUACCUGGAAAGACAUGCCUUCUGAGGAGAAAUUCAGGGAAGAAAGAUCAAAAGAGUCGGAUACAAGCCUGGUUACAUUUGGUGUUCAAUCAUCUAGUGACGAAUGUAACUAUGAGAAAGUGAAGGAGACUGACAUGUCCGAGGAGAUGGUCAGUCAUAAACAAUCACAAGAGCUAGCUGUUGUCAAUGAAGGAUAUGCUAUUGGGAAAGACAUGACUGCUGAGGAGAUGGACAGGGAUCAAAGAUCAAAAGAAUUGGAUGUGGGCCUGAUUACAUUUAGUGUUCAACCUGUGAGUGAUAAAUUUAUCCGUGAGAAAGUGAAGGAGACUUUACAUAUGUUCCAAGAGAUCUAUAAGCAAUUCUUACAUGAAGAGAGAGAGAAUAAAAAAGAUGGAAGACCUAUGAAGCCGAUAUAUCUACUAGCUGCAAAUCGUCUCAAGAAGGAAAACAAAUGGGUCAAUGCUGGGAAGCCAAUCUUCGGAUCCGUCCCCGGAGUUGAAGUUGGUGAUGAAUUUCAUUUUAGGGUAGAGCUGGCUAUUGUCGGUCUUCAUCGCACUUUUCAGAGUGGUAUUGAUUACACAAAGGUGGAUGGAAAAAUUCUCACCAUAAGUAUUGUAGCUACAGGGCGUUAUGAUGCAGAUGAACUGGACAAGUCUGAUGUCUUGGUAUAUUCUGGUGAAGGAGGAAGGCCAAUGGGUGGACAUAAGCAAACCGAAGACCAGAAGCUUGAGCGAGGAAACCUCUCACUGAAGAACAGUAUGGAUGCAGGAUCUGUUGUUAGGGUUAUUCGGGGAUUUAAACAAGGAAAGGGCCCUCAUUACUUGGACACUAAGAAUAAGUCAUUUUCAAAGUACAUUUACGAUGGACUGUACUUUGUGGAGAAAUAUUGGCAGGAUAUGGGCCUUUAUGGUGCUUCUGUAUUUAAAUUUCAGUUGAGAAGGAUUCCAGGCCAGCCGAAGCUUGGUUGGACAGAAUUGAAUAAGUUAAAAAGAUCUAAGGAGUAUGAAGAUACUUGUGUAUUUGAUAUUUCUCAAGGGAAAGAGAAGAUGUGUAUCCGUGCUGUGAACACUGUAGAUGACGAAAAACCUCUGCCAUUCAUAUACACAACCAAGAUGAUAUAUUCCAAAUGGUUCAAUCCUGCUCCUCAUAGGGGUUGUGAUUGUACCGAUGGAUGCUUGGAUUCUAAGAGAUGUUUAUGCGCAAUGAAGAAUGGUGGUGAGAUCCCAUUUAACAAUGAUGGAGCUAUAUUGGAAAUGAAGCCCCUCAUUUAUGAGUGUGGUCCUUUUUGCAAGUGCCCUCCUUCUUGUUGUAAUAGAGUCAGCCAGCAUGGCAUCAAAUUUCCGCUUGAGAUCUUCAAAACCAAAUCAAGUGGUUGGGGUGUCCGAUCCCUAACUUUUAUUCCAUGUGGAAGUUUCAUAUGUGAGUAUGCUGGGGAGCUGCUCCAGGAUAAGGAGGCCGAAGAAAGAACCAACAAUGAUGAGUAUCUAUUUGACAUUGGACGUAACUACGAUGGGCCAGAUUUACAAAUGAGUUCUUGUGAAAUUAUAGAGGAUGUGGGUUUUACAGUUGAUGCUGCAUUUUAUGGCAAUGUGGGGAGAUUCGUCAACCAUAGUUGUUCUCCUAACCUUUAUGCACAAAAUGUUCUCUACGAUCAUGAUGAUGAUAAAAUUCCUCACAUAAUGCUUUAUGCUGCUGAGAACAUCCCUGCCUUACAAGAGCUAGCUUAUGAUUACAAUUACAAGAUAGAUCAAGUUCAUGAUGCUGAAGGCAAUAUCAAGAAGAAGAGUUGCUAUUGUGGUUCUUCUAGCUGUACUGGAAGGUUGUAUUGAUGUUUUUGAGAGAAGGAAGUGUAGGCUACCUCAAAGAAUGUUGGAAAAUUAUUGUAAAAAUCAUGUAAACAUUUUUCUAUCACAAAUAUUGUAAA